AUGGAAGAGCUCUCGUCAGGCUCCUCGGACUACGCCGCAAGCACAUGGAUCGCAUGGUUCUUAUCUACAAAGGGGAAUGAAUACUUUUGUGAAAUCGACGAAGACUAUAUUCUUGAUCGAUUCAAUUUAACUGGUCUCAAUACUGAAGUGCAGCAUUACACGUACGCUCUCGACCUCAUCACAGAUGCUCUUGACGAAAACAUUAAUGAACUUCAUCGUGAGCAGAUUGAAACACAGGCAAGAAUUUUAUAUGGUUUGAUCCACGCUCGAUUCAUCGUCACAACGCAUGGUCUAGCUAAGAUGCUCGAAAAAUUCAAGCGUGCCGAUUUUGGACGCUGCCCCCGUGUUUUGUGCUACCAGCAGCCCCUGCUUCCGGUUGGCCUGUCAGAAUUUCCUUUCCAAAGUCCUGUGAGGCUCUAUUGCCCUCGGUGUGAGGACUUAUACCGACCAAAGAGCUCAAGACACGGCGCCUUGGACGGUGCCUUUUUUGGAUCCUCUUUUCCGCACAUGCUGCUCAUGGUAUACCCCCACAUGAUUCCUACCAAAGUGACUGUUCUUCCCCCUCCUAUCUCAAUUGCUCAGAAGCAAUAUGGUGGGGUGUCUGCGGACAUUUUGCAUCAACGCGCCGCUGCCCUGGAGCGCCGCGGUGAGUGUCUUGCAUCCGCUGGUGAAGAGACGGAUCAGAGUGGCAAUGUCAACGAUCGAUCUUUAGAUGUGAGCGCGCCCGUGGAUUUCGUUUAUGAACGUGUAGUCCCGCGUAUCUUCGGGUAUCCAGUGCACGAAACAAGUCAGCUCAUGGCUUGGCAAGAUCGUCAGCAAAAGAAGCAAACUGCGACAAUUACCAAUUUCCGGCAGCAGAAACUUCAUAGUGGAGACGCAUGA